GUGGCCUUCCUUCCUCUGCUCCAGCUAUAACCUUUUUGAAAGGGCUUCUCUUAACACAGUGCACAGCAGGCAAAACAGGGCCUUCUGUAGACUGUGGGAUUUACAAGCCUGGGCCAAGUAUGUUUUCACAGUGCCUGGUGGCACAGCAUCAGGUACCCUAAUGUGACUGGACUGGUCUGACUCAAGACUUGGAAUCCAAAUAGAUCUGAAGUACUUGAAAAAUGAGUGUUCUUCUCAUUGAAGCCUUUUAUGGUGGCUCCCACAAACAGCUGAUGGAUCUCCUCCAGGAAGAGCUACAAGAAGAUUGUGUCCUCUGUACGCUCCCUGCCAAGAAGUGGCACUGGAAGGCACGGACUGCUGCUCUUUAUUUCAUGCAAACAGUGCCAGCAAGUACUAAUUACAGGAUCCUCUUUGCAAGCUCAGUGCUUAACCUGGCUGAACUCAUCGCCCUCCGCCCCGACCUUGGCAAAUUGAAAAAGGUCCUCUACUUCCAUGAGAACCAAUUGGUGUAUCCUGUCCAGAAGUGCCAGGAAAGGGAUUUUCAGUAUGGAUACAACCAGAUUCUUUCAUGUUUGGUUGCUGAUGCUGUCGUGUUCAACUCUGCUUUUAACAUGGAAUCGUUUCUUACAUCCAUUGGAAAAUUUAUGAAGCUGAUUCCUGACCACAGACCUAAGGAUUUGGAGAAAAUAAUCAGACCGAAGUGCCAAGUUCUUUAUUUUCCAGUCAGGUUUCCUGAUGUGAGCAGGUUCAUGCCAGCACACAAGCUUACCCAUUUGCAAAAGGUAAUUGGUGUUAAAAGAAAUGGAGAUGCUUAUCAAUCGGAGGGUCUGCCCGGGCAGCAGAAGACCAGAGCUUUGGGAGUUUUAAUGAAAAACGGCAACGUGCAGAGCGAGUCUGGACUUUGUGAAGCCCAGCCUGGACUUUGUACCACACAGCACGAGGGACUGCCUUCCCCAGGAACAGCACCAGCACGACUGAACGAGGCUGAAGCAUCAGAAAGUACAACUUCUUGUCAGGAAGAAGAUAAGCAACAGCUGACUUUUAACCUCUGUAAUGUCUUGAGUGGACAAGACUAUCAGCAGAGACCUUUACACAUCGCCUGGCCUCACAGGUGGGAACACGACAAAGAUCCUGAAACUUUCUUCAAAGUCCUGCUGAAACUGAAAGAGAAAGAUCUACCUUUUCAGGUCUCUGUCCUUGGAGAGGCUUUCACUGAAAUUCCAGAUAUCUUUUCAGAGGCCAAAAAAGCGUUGGGAUCUUCUGUCUUGCACUGGGGCUACUUACCCAGCAAAGAUGACUAUUUCCAGGCUCUCUGCAUGGCUGAUGUUGUCAUCUCAACAGCCAAACAUGAGUUCUUUGGCGUGGCAAUGGUUGAAGCUGUGUAUUGUGGCUGUUACCCACUGUGUCCCAAAGCUUUGGUGUACCCAGAGAUAUUUCCAGCUGAAUAUCUGUAUUCUACACCUGAACAGCUUUUUAAAAGGCUUCAGAAUUUCUGCAAGAGACCAGAUAUUGUGAGGAAACAUCUCUAUAAGGGCGAGACGGCUGGGUUUGCUUGGGCAGCGCUCGGCGGUAAAUUCAGGUCUCUGCUCGCAGCAGAACCGAGGGAAGAUUUGUGACAGAUGGGGCUAAGUCACAAACUUGCAGCCUCAGGCAGAAUUGUGGAAGUUUCCAGAGUGUGCCCAUAUUUACCUGAUCAGAGAGAAAAGAAAAUCUGCAGAGGAAGCCGAGCCUGGCUGCUUGUCAUAGCUGACACAGAGCCAUCUGCCACAAACCUGUGGCGGCUUCAGAUCUCCAAUCCCUGCCACCACCCCAGCUCAAAUUAAAUACAGAUUCUUAGAGACGUUAUGAUGGUUACACAUGUCCUCGGCAUCACAUGCAGGAGACUGUUCAAAAAAAAUAUGUGGCCUGUUGUAUAACCGCACUCAUGUAUCCCAUAUGUGGUGCCACAUUGAGUUUCCGGUUGAAUCUGUUUUUAUCCUUUGUACUGGAUGACAUGGUGCCUGAAUUCUUUCUUUUCGCCGACACGAUGGCAGCCAAGCUGCAGCUUCAAACGCUCACACUUGGCUGAGUUUCUACCUAGGUUGCCAGGUUAUCAUUGGAGCCUUAUUGUGUCCUCAAAGGGCCACAGGGCCUGAAAGGAGGAUCCGAACACUGCCGGACUAAUUGGGCAGCCAUCUCCGGGUUGUUUGGAGGCAAAGGGCUGCUUUAGCACUUUUUUUUUUAUCCUUUUUUUUUUUUUUUUUUUGGCAAAUUAAUGACUCUCUGGCACGGGGGUUUUUAAGUGAAGGUAUUAAUAAGGGGUCUGGCAGGUAAUCCCAUGAUUCGCGGAGUUACAUUUGCAUUUAAUUAAUCUUAAAGAAAGCUGAAAGAUAAACAGCUGUAAUUCAAACUAGCAUGGGAAAUAUGCUACAUGGUGCCAUCUAUCCGAUAAAAUGAAAGCCUAGACACUUGUUUUAUUUCUCUCAAGGAUGGAGAACAAACAGAUAACAGUCAAAAUACUUCCAAUAAAAACCAGUAGCUGAAAUGUAACGGCAGUUCAUCAAGAAUCUUCGCAUCCAGUUACAAAUACAGUCUUUUAAAGAUAAAUCACUUAUGAUUCCAGCAGUCAAGCUGCUAUAUUUGUUGAUGUAAAAUGUUUUGAAGAUGUAGAUUGUACAAUAAAUUUUUAAUAAAGUGCCCACUGCAAUUUUUAAUUAGCAUAUCUCAUUCAUGUAUAAGUGUGUACAUCUAUCUGUAUGUUUAUCACUAUGCAUAUCCUUGUGUCAGAGUCAAUGAAUGCAAUUGUGUCUUUAUCUGAUGAAGUAGAAUCUGUUUUGCAAGUGAUAAUAAAACGUUAUGACAAUUCUAGA